AUCCUCACCCCCCCCCCCCCCACGCCGGCGGCGAUCUAGGGUUUCCCCACCGGCCUCCGGCGACCUCCGACCGCCCACCGGCCUCCGCCGCGCCCAUGGAGGCGCUCUCACUCAUCGACGUCUCCGCCGAGGACGACUUCCUCCUCGACCUCGCCACUCCGCCCCCGGCACCGGCCCCGCCGCGUCACCCUGAUCCGACACACGCAGGGUCCCUGGUGGGCGCCGAGGCGGCCCCUUAUUUAGCCCCCGCCGCCGGUUCUCCGGCCGCGGCGGGCCGGGCUGCGGAUCCGAACGGUAUGAUGGAGGAGCAGGCGGCCCCCGAGCGGACGGAGUCCCCUAAGCAGCGGAAGGUUAAGACUGGGGUGAACCUCCGCAAAAGCUUGGCUUGGGACAGCGCAUUCUUUACCAGUGAAGGUGUUCUCGACACCGAGGAGUUGGCCAUUGUAAACAGCACCUUCUGCCAGACACAGGGUUCCAGGCUGCCUGGAAUUGUGGAAGAAAUGAGGAAGUCUGGUGAUUCGACAACCUCAACUGUGGAAAAUGAAACUUGGGCGAUGGAAAGCAUUGAGACUGAGGUGUUUGACAAUAUCCGUGCCUCCAUCCAAAGGUCUCUUGGCAAACCCAAUAAAGUUCCAGGGGGGCUUGCUGGUAGCUCAAAGCCCCCAAAGGCCACAGCAAAUGUGCCUCGUAUUGCAGCUAGAAAAGGGGUUGAUCGGAUGCCUCAGACUAAGAUAAGGGCCCCUGUUUCAACGAGCCAAGGUGUUGGUGGUGUCAAACAGAGGUCCCAAGUCAACUCAAAAGAGUCUGCAGCUGCAAGAGUGAAUUUGCCAGGAGCUACAGAAGCAAAAACAUCCUCAAAACCUCCUAGGGCUCUGCCAAGAGUUGCUAUGAUGAGGUCGUCAACUAACACUGCUAUCGCUUCUGCUACUUCAGACAAAAGAAGCAGCACUGGGGGUGCUGUCAAUAGGCAAGCAGCUGGCAAAACUGCCAAUACUUCAGCUAGUGUGCGGCCUAGUGGGGGUACAAAGUCCAGUUCAAUCUUGAAAUCAGGUGCCUUCACAUCAACUACAGCUUCUUCCCAUGGUGUUUCGACGGAUACUGGACCAGAAGCAAAAACAAGAACAACCCUAAGCAACAAGAAUAGGACUGCUCAGAGGGUCCCUGUUCGUUCAUCGUCAAAAUCUGAUAUCAGCAAAACUGUCCCAUCAAGAUCAUCGGGGAACAGGAUUGCAGCUAGGGGUCACACUGACCGUGCAUCACCAAUCAUUUCACCUAGCAGCUCUGUGGACAGCAUGAGCUCUGUGAUAUCUGGGGCCUCAACAGCUUCCACAGUAGGGAAGAUGAGCCAUACAUCUGAGAGUUUGAAUACACUGUCCCCCUCCCUCAGGAAGAGCAAUGACUGCCCUCCGACCCCAAAGCUUAGGCCUCCUAUUGUCACAGAGGGAGAUUCAGCAUGUGGAGAUAAUUCAAAAUCUGCUGCAGAUCUAAUGAACCAGGGAAAAGGUUUUAAGCCAACAGGGCUGCGAAGGCCAACACCCAAGAUAGGAUAUUUUGAUGCUGAAAAAUCCAUUGACCAAAACAUAGGUGUACAGGUGCAGCUGCAACCUAUGAAGAUUCAGUGUCUGCUACCUGCCACACCGAAAUCUCAGCCACCUAUUCAGAACAUGAACGCUGCAUCAUCUACAUUCGGUCAACAGGAGUCGAAACUGAAUGCAGCACCUCGUAAGGAAAAUGAUUCUUCCAAAAGCGAGGCAAUGAAGACGUUGCCUCUUAACGUUGCACAAAUGGAAGUGGAGCCUUUUAAGGUGGCUGAACCUGAAGCCUGUACACUUCAAACUGAUCCAGUUGUUGCUGAACCUGAAGCUGAGAAAUCCAUGAAGAUGCAGUGCUUGUUACCUGCCACACCGAACUCUACCUUUGUUGAACAAGAACCAGAACCUCAUUACGAGACUAGUGCUUCCAAAAGUAAGGCCAUGCCUCUCAAAGCUGCACAAAUUGAAGUAGAACCUUCUAAGGUAGCUGUUCCUGAAGCAUGCAUGCACCGGAUCAGUCCAGUUGUGAUCAAACCAGAACAUGACAAAUCCAUUGACCAAAAAGUUGGUGCACCGGUACAACUGCCCCUUACGGAGAUACAGUGUUCACACCCUGCCACACCCACCUCUCAGGCAUCUUCUACCCUUUGUCAACAGGAAUCAAAACCUGUAGCAGCACCUCAUAAGGAGAUCAGUGCUUGCAAGAGCAAGGCGACAAAGGCAGUACCCCUCAAAACUGUACAAAUGGAAGUAGAUCCUCUUAAGGUCGCCGAACCUGAAGCGUGCCUUCACAAGACAAAUCCGGUGGUGGCUGCAGACACUCCAAAGGAGAACGUUCCGGCUGUGCACCAGAAUAUCAAGGCUAAUGUUGAUGCGAGCUCAUUAGUUGAUCUGUUGACGCAGAAGCUGUCCUCCAUUUCCCUUGGGGAGGCCACCCCUGACCUGGCCUCUUGAUCCAUUAGAUAAUGGGGGUGUCGCAUGGUAUGCUGCUGGUUGUUUCUGAUUACAUCCUUGUUAUCUACAGGCAACUGCAGCUGCCAACCCUAGUUUUGUUGUGGUGCAAUUGAGGGAGUGUUACAAGUGUAAAAUCCUUUUGCACAGGGCUUUAUAGUUAUAGAACUUUGCUUUCCUAUUGUAUGCAUAUGCACCUGAUCCUGGUUUGUCCAAUGCUGGUUUGCGAGUAAAGCAUAUAUAUGGUAAUAUGGUUUUGGUUUUCUUUGUGCCGGUUCUACUUCUAUAAAGUUUUGGUGUAGCACUGAGAUAA